CUGCUGGUACCCCCCCCAACCACCUCUUCACCGUCGAGGAUGCCCGCAGCCAGGUCGUGGUGUACAGGAUCAGGUUCUUCUUCCCCAACUGGUGCGGACUGGGGCAGUCGCACCGCUUCCAGCUGCUGAGUGACCGGGCCAGCCCCGUGCUGGACUACCCCGUCAUCGAUUACCUGUUUGCCCAGUCCCGCAGCGACUUCAUCGGGGGCCGCGUGGAGGUGGCGCUGAGCCUGCCGAGGCAGGAGCAGUGCCUGAGCCUGGCCGUGCUGGACAUGCUGCGCAUCGCCAAGGAGAAGCGGCAGAGCCCCGACGAGGUCUUCAGCUGCGUCAGCUACAAGUCGUGCAUCCCCGAGCCGCUGCGGUGCCAGAUCCAGCAGCACAGCUUCCUCACCCGCAAGCGCAUCCGCCGCCGCUUCAGCAAGUCCCUGCGCAGGAUCGGGGGGUGCCAGGCGGACGGGCGCCACCUGAAGCUCAAAUACCUGCUGGACCUGGAGCGGCUGCAGCGGCGCUGGGCCGAGGAGAGCUUCGCCGUGCGCGGCCCCGACGCCAACAUCACCAUCCACGUGGCCGGCGAGAACGGCGUCUCCUGGAGCUGCGGCAGCUCCGAGAGCCGCCAGCACUUCUGUGACUUCCCCGACAUCGCCGACGUCAGCAUCAAGCAGGCGAGCCGGGACGGCAGCCCCGUGGAGAACCGCAUCGUCACCCUCACCAAGACGGACAACAGGGUGCUGGAGGUGGAGUUCCCCACGCUGCGGGAAGCUCGCUCCUUCGUGGCGCUCAUCGACGGCUACUACCGCCUGACGGCGGACGCCCACCACUACUUCUGCAAGGAGGUGGCCCCCCCCCCCCCGCUGGAGGAC